AUGCUGAAAAAGCUCUCAGAUGAAUGUCUCAGCUACGUUUUGCACAUCAAGGCUAGACACGAGUUCCGUUGGCGCUCUGAGGUCGCCUGGAGGGAUGCGGUAAGUUUAAAGUCAUGCUAGAAACACAAAACCUUUCAUUUCAGUUGAUCUCUCCUCGUUUCUUGCAUCUUUAUUCCAAUUAUUCCUACUCCCUGCUUGUUCUACAAAGUUUGGGCGCUGGGAGUCGUAUGUCGCUGCAAUAUGGAAAGAACCUGCAUCUUGAAGUUUGCUUUUUUGGAUUAGGUGAGUAAAUGAGCUAAGACCGGAACUUUUCUUCAAGACGAAGAUGGAGGCCCGGAACAUUACAAACCGUUCAUUUCAAUCCUCGCACUUUUCAAAGCGAUCCGAGGAAAUAAAAAAUCGAAAGAGAGUGCAUUAAACGUCAGGUUGCCUGAGGAGAUGCCGAUGACUCUUGUUGAGGAGGUGAAAGGUAGGGUAAUAUGGCAAACAUUAACCUAUUUUGGGGUUUUUCAAGGUAUUUCAAACUGAUUUUGUCAGGAAAGGAGAAUAAAGUUAAACUUCUUAUUGAGAAUUUUAGUUUUUGAACAUGAUCAGCACUACCAAAAGCCAUUCUUUCGAGUAUUUUUAGAAAAAACGUGACGAUCGCCGAAGUGCUUACAAGUCAUUUUCUGUUGAAGAGGACAACUUUUCGGUCAUAAGGAGUCAUAAUCGCUUUCAUUCUUUUCUUUACAUUCUUUUUCAAAUUUGCAAACCAUGGUAUUUUAACCAAUAAUAUUUCAACGAACAGUGCGCCUGUGCGAACCGUGCACCUGGGUUGACAGCGCACCUUAAAAAAAGAAGAUUUUUUGAAAAUAAUUGAACAAAAUUUUGAAAAGUUUUCGCUUCAGGACAGGGAAAAAAGGAUUUUUGGCGUGUGAAAAAAGGCAAAUAUGGCAAGGGGGGAUCUAGGCAAGUUGUUCAUUUUUUGUUUGUGAAAAGAUAAGUAUAGUAAGGGGGAUCAACGAUGUUUUAACGGGCCGGCCCACGAGCCAUGCCUAGUGCCAUGUUAUCACAAACCAAAAAUUGUUUUUUCCCAGUCCUGCAGCGAAGACAUUUCAAAUUUUGUCCAACUCUAACAAAAAAUCUUUUUUUUUUCAAGAAGCACUCCGCCCUGAUGCACAGUUCGCCCGGGCGCACUGUUUGUGUCAGUUGGACCGCUGGAGCCCAGCCCUCCCGUUUGUGCAGCCGUUUGGCACAUCGCGAUCGCCGAAAAUCCGAUUUACAACCCCGAAUACUUGCGGGGAUCACCACGGGAUUUGUAUCCCAUAGCAAUGAAUCAAGAUGAUCCUCGAGUUUUUGAAGAAGUUUUUGUCAAAGUCACAAAUCCAGUUGAGUGUAAGUACACAAUUUUUUAACGGUUUUAAGACUUCUUGUCAGCAAUGUUACAAAGAUCUCAUUUUGCGACCAAAAUUUCAGAUUGUCCAUUUGUUUUCAAUAUCAAAACCAAGCAUUUGAAUAAUAUUCUCGUCGAGAGCACGUGGUCGUAUGAAAAGUAAGGUUCUUUUCGAUAUUUUUAUCGCCAAAUUAGCUUGCCAAUGAUGCCAUUCCUCGAAAUCUUGACUUGUCAAAUAUGGCCUAUUGGAAUUUUCGAUAAAUCAAGUGGAUACUCGUAUUACAAAGAAAUUUCCAAACGACUUGCUAAUCUUGCGCCGAAUUUGAAACAAGUGAAUUUGGUUUAUAAUGCGCAAAUUGCAACCGAGGUAAGUGGAACGACUGCUUUGUCAUUUUUUUAUUUUUUGCGGGGAAUAUGUAAAGUAUCAGUCUGUCGGGAAAAUAACGACGGAUCGUCGCGCCUCGGAAUCGCUUUGCGACUUCAAGCCGCGGCUGGGAAUUUGGUGCGCGAUAGCGGCGAGACGAGACAUUUUGAUGCGACGAUCCGCCGUUAUCUUCCCGACAGACUGAUAAAUUCGAAGCAAAAAAUAGCAAGAUUUAGCUGUAUUUAAGCCAUUGCUUUCUGGCCAAAGCUGGUUGUCAUGAUUACAUAUUUUUCUUUUCUUUUUUUGUAGGCCUACAUAAAUUUUUAGUUUUUCAAAUGAAAGUUUAUAGAGCCCUUUUUUAAAUUUUUGAGGCCCAAAGAUGCCGCAGGAUAUUUAUCAUGACAAAGAUGUUAAAAACAAGUCAAAUUCAAUCUGUUAUAGUAGCUUUAAAGGGGUCUUAUAAUAUGUACAGCGGCGGACUUGAUCCAUUUGGUUAAAAACGUACCAUUUUGGAUCUGGGAAGUAUCAAAAAUGCAGCAAAAUACUUCGUUCUCCAAGUGAAAAAACUCCGAUUUCAAAAGCGCGCCCGCUCUUUUUGUGAGGGCGCGCAUUUCAAAAACCCACUACAAUGUUUUUUAUUGUAGUGGGAGGUACUUUGCCACAUUUUUGAUACUUCCCGGGUGCAAAAUUAUACGUUUUUUUGCCAAUGGAUCAGGUCCCUCACUGAUAUCGAGAUUAACUGGUACUCAGUACACAUUAAAAAACCUUUAUGCUACUUAUGGCAGUACACAAAAAAAAUGAGAUGAGAUCAAGGUCUUACACCUAGAAGUAUACUUAUAGAAAUUUAUUACAUAGGAAAUUUUGGCUAGCCUUGUUCCGACUCAACUUGGCCAGAUCAAAGAAUUCUUUAAAUUCAGAUCGAAAUUUCUUGUAAAAUUUCCUUAUUUCAGUUGAACGGCCAAAUGGAACUGGGAGUGAAAACCGCACUUUCGGCCUUUAACCAAGCCAUCGAAGGACUUCAAUGCCAUUUGGAAAAAGUUCAGAUUCAUUUCAUACAAAUAACUGUCGUAUUCUUGGAGAACCGACCAUUUGUAGGUUGAUUUAAGCCCAAAUUUUUCAAAAAAAACUGUAUUUUAGCUUGACAUGAUGGAAAGGAUUAAAAUGCCGCCGAAUCCUGGUUAUCUGACGAUUAGGUCUUUUUUGAAAGACUUUGUACUUAAAAAUUGCAACAAAAACACGCAAAGCGUAGACACGGCCAAUGUGGAUGUCGUAACUCGCGUGCGACCAUAUGAAGGCCCGGAUUUUCUGGAAAAGACCGCAAGGAUUGGCGAUGAUUUGCAUUUCAAGUACAAAAUAGAGUCUUCAUGA